AUGCAGUUUGUCAACAAAGAAGAAGUGAAGGAAGCUAUUAAGGAGUAUGCAAUUGUGGAAGGCAAAUCUAUAAAGUUCGUGAAGAAUGAUAAUUUUCGGGUCAUAGCCAAGUGUACUGGUCACAAGUAUUGCCCCUUUGUUAUGUUGGCUUCAAGGAUAGAUAGGAAUCAGUUUACUUUUGCAAUCAAGACUCUUUCUUUAGAACAUGAGUGUACUAGAGUUGACAGGUUGGGGUAUUGCAAUGCAAGAUGA